AUGCCCGGAGUCACUGUGAAGGAUAUUGAUCAACACGAAGUGACCAAAGCGGUCGCCGCCUUCCUCAAGAAGUCGGGCAAAUUGAAGGUGCCCGAACAGAUGGAUCUCAUCAAGACGGCCAAGUACAAGGAACUGGCUCCCACCGAUCCCGAUUGGUUCUAUGUGCGCUGCGCUUCGAUACUGCGCCAUCUUUACUAUCGCAGUCCAGCUGGAGUCGGGGCACUCACCAAGGUCUAUGGGGGUCGCAAGCGUCGUGGCGUUCAUCCAUCGCGCUUUUGUCGUGCCUCCGAAGGCGCCAUCCGCAAGGCUCUGCAGGCCCUCGAGCAGGCUCGUUUCAUUGAGAAACAUCACGAGGGAGGACGCAGUCUCAGCUCGAUUGGCAGACGUGAUUUGGAUCGCAUUGCCAACCAGAUUGUGGCCAAGCAGCGCGAUGCAGCCAAGCAAACGGGAACAAUUGUUAUUUCUGAUUUCAAUGAUGAUUCGACUCUGGUAUAAAAAUAUCAGAAUAUGAAAAACAUUUGCAAAUGAAACGAAACAUUAAACAAGAAUAUAUUGCAUUUUCAGUGAAAUAAAAAGCACUUGCAAAUAAAAUAAAUGAAACAUUAAA